AGUCUGUGUGUCAGCUGAGGCACUUGGAAGUACACCACCGCCAAAAGGUCGAGCACGAUUGGCCUCCAUGUUGAAACUCGCUGAUAUAAACCUGGUGGUUGAUGAACGAGAGUGAGGGGCUUGAUGUUACACUAAAUGACUAUCUGAACAGUUUGGGAAGAGGAAACGUUCAUUAGGUACUGGGAUAAAGGGGGAUUGAUAAGAUGUGUGGCAGUUUCACGUGCUCCAAAAAUGCUCUGACAGCAUUGAACAUUCUUUACAUCGUUGUAGCAUUUAUCUUGAUUGGAGUUGCUGUCUAUGGAAGGGCAUCAGCCCUCGUGACAAAUCUCCCCAUUAUCGGGGGGAUUCUUGCCUGCGGAGUUAUUCUAAUUCUCAUAUCAAUACUAGGGCUCAUUGGGGCAGUCAAGCAUCAUCAAGUGCUUCUCUUCUUCUACAUGCUCAUUCUCUUCCUGCUGUUCCUGGUUCAGUUCAGCAUCGCCUGUGCAUGUCUCGCCGUUAAUACUAAACAACAGGAGGAAUUGGCUGAGCAGGGAUGGAAACGCGUUGGCCCUCAUAUCAAGGAGCAAGUCCAGACAACAUUCACUUGCUGUGGAUUCAACAGUUCGAUGGGAGCAAUCGAUGAUCCUGCGAUGAGCCAUCCUUCAUGCGAAGUCGUGAACAAAAUGUGCUGUCCAGGCCCUAGUCUCGACCCAGCCUGUUCGUGCAAACCCUGCAUGGAAAAACUUCAGUCAACGAUUGAUUAUGCAUUUAAACUCUGCGGGGGCAUUGGUUUAUUCUUCAGCUUCACUGAGGUGAUCGCUGCAUUUCUGGCGAGACGCUAUCGCAAUCAGUUGAAUCCAGAUGGAAAAGCUGCGAGAUCAUUGUUCCCGAGACUCAAUUAUGUUCAUUGAUUUAUGAUGAGGGAAAUUUGUCUACCUAACGAACAAAUGGAAAUCCAGAAAUGCUAAUCAAAAUUCCGAGAAGAAUAUACAUAUAAAUACGUUUCGUGUGUUAUAGAAACUAUAAAAAGUAUCGCAUUUUAGGUGACAGGACCAUUUUCUUGUUUUCACUGUAAAAAACGAGAAAAAAUAGACACAUCUGACUGUUUUUAAAAUGUUGAUAACUCGUUGUUGUUUUCAAUGAUGAAUUUUUCAUGAAAGGAGAUGAUCUUUUCGUGAAAUUCCAUGUGUUUGUUCAUCGAAAAUAUAUUAUUGUCAUUUUUAACGAGCUUAGACUGAGCUGUAGGGGAGGGUGGGGUAAAAUGGACACUUCUGACUUUUUUUCUAAUCUUUAUAGCUCAAGAACAAAUUUAUCACAAAGGGAAACAAUUGUCUCUCCAUGGAAAAAAAAAUCAUUCCUUUCCAUUGAAAAUUAAAUGAGCUAUUGUUAUUUUGAAAAAACUCAAGUGUCCAUUUUUCCGCAUUAGCCCCUAUUCAUUUACGAGUUGUAAAUAUUUUUGAGAAAGUCAAGAGUGUUUUUUUUCUUUGGAUACCUUAUUGGAGUCAUACGUAAUUUUUGUAAACAUCGACAUCUAAUUUUCGAUAAUCUCGAAACGUGUAAAUCUUUUGGAAUGUAAUAAUAGUCGUAAUGUGUGCUCUAGUCAGCCACGGAUAAUAGUCUUAGAGCCAUGAGGACAAGAACAAGAACAAUAUAAACCUUGAAGCGCCUUUCAAUCGAGGAGUCUCGAGAUUUUACGCGAAUUCAUUGUUUUUCGAAUUUUGUAUGAUUUUCCCUGUUUUUUUUAUGUAUCAGAGAGGGAGGUGUAUCGGUUUAUCGAGACUGAUGAAUUAUUGUUGUCAAUUAAUAUCGUUUAUUAUUUUUAAUUCUUCCUUCUGACUGGAUUAUUAUACUGUUACACAAUAAUAGUGUCAACUUUAGGUGUAGGCGCAGCAUUUCAACAUGACGUUCAGUUCAUUGUGUUGAGUGUCUAAAUUUGCUUCACGUUUGUGCAAUAAACGAUGAUAAUAAAAGGAAAUUAUGAACAGAA